CCAAGGACUUCCUCCCCGACGGCUCGGAGGCCCAGGCCGAGCGGCUGCGCCGGUGCCGUGAGGAGCUCUGGCAGCUGCUGGCCGAGGAGCGCGUGGAGCGCCUGGGCAGCUUGGUGGCCGCCGAGUGGAGGCCGGAAGGCGGCUUCGUGGAGUUGCAGUCUCCUGCGGGUAAAUUCUGGCAGACCAUGGGCUACUCAGAGCAGGGCCGGCAACGGCUUCACCCUGAAGAGGCCUUGUAUCUGCUGGAGUGUGGCUCCAUCCAGCUCUUCCACCAAGACCUGCCGUUGUCCAUCCAGGAGGCCUACCAGCUGCUGCUGACCGAGGACACUGUGACUUUCCUGCAGUACCAGGUCUUCAGCCACCUGAAGAGACUGGGCUACGUGGUUCGACGAUUCCAGCCCGGCUCUGUCCUGUCCCCUUAUGAGAGGCAGCUGAACCUGGAUGGCAGCACCCAGCACCUGGAGGAUCGAAAGGGCAAGAGAAAGAGGAGGAGCUCCAGCUCUCGGUCCAUUCCUAAGAAGUCCAGGACCCCGGAGAGCCCCCUGCAGGGGGUGAAUGGGACACCUGAGAGCCAGGCCACCUCAAGCCUAGCUCCCUGCAGCCAGAACAGCCCAUUCCCAGAGGAAAAAGCCCAGGAGUUGAGCCCCAGAAAGGACGCUGAGCUUCUGGGGUCCCUGGAUCCCUGGCCUGGCCUGGCCAGGGACAGGGUGGGGUGCAGCCAGGAGAGUGGCAAAGUAGAGAAUGGAGCCCCAGGGGCUUGUAAGCCACGCUGGAACUUUGAACACAUCUCCUUCCCCAACAUGGCUUCAGAUAGCCGCCACACCCUCCUGCUUGCACCAGCCCCAGAGCUGCUCCCAGCCAACAUCGCUGGGCGGGAGAUAGACGCUGAGUCCUGGUGCCAGAAGCUGAACCAGCGGAAGGAGAAGCUCUCCCGACGGGAGCAACAGGCAGGGGCCCGGCACUUCCGGGAGGAUGUCAACAUGGACCCCGAGGUGCAGCGCUGCUCCAGCUGGCAGGAGUACAAAGCCCUGCUCCAGAGGCGACACCUGUGGAAGACCCAGAGCCGCCCUCCACACUUGUGGGACCAGCCUGUCACCCCCUUGCUGAGCCCUGACCAAGCGGACUCCCCAGCCACGGUCCUACAGCAUAUCUCGGUGCUGCAGAUGACACACCUGGCUGACGGAGGGGCCCGGCUGCUGGAGAAGACUGGGAGCUUGGAGAUCAGCUUCGACGUUUAUCAGGCCAACGCUGUGGCCACUUUCCGAAAGAGUAACCCUGGCAAGCCCUAUGCUCGGAUGUGCGUUAGUGGAUUUGACGAGCCAGUCCCAGGCCUCUCCACCCUCAAGCGGUUGUCCUACCAGAGUGGGGAUGUCCCCCUAAUCUUUGCCCUGGUGGAUCACGGGGACAUCUUCUUCUACAGCUUCCGGGACUUCACACUGCCCAGUGACCUGGAGCACUGACCAUGCAGCAUCUCCCUCAGGGAGAGGCUGGGGCUGGGGCCUGCUCUUUGGACCUGGACUGUUUGCUCUCAGGGACUGUCUUAGCAUCCUGUGCCUGGAGCAGCGGGAGCCAGUCCGCACCCUGGCCCUGGUGUCCGACGCUUGCUGGAGAGCAAAGCCAUGCCCCUCUACCCGGCCACUGCAGGGCUUCCAUGCUCCAGGCCUGAGGUUGCUGCCUUGCAGUGACCCCCUUGGAACUCAGGACUAGAUUUCAGAGACCCAGCAAGGUGAUGCAGAAAAGAGGACUCCGUGCCUUUAAACGAGAGGGUGCCUGCUUCAUGCGACAAAGCCAAAGCCAUUAAAAAGUUCUCCCUCCUGUCGUGGCUGGAUAUA